AGCCUGAGCUGCGCUGAAGGGCAGUGGCUGCAGAGGAAGAUGGAGGCUGGCAUGAACCUCCUGCACGACAUGGGCAUCCAGGCAACACACUGGCUGCAGGAACAUUUCCAGGGCUCCCAGGACUGGUUCCUCUUCAUCUCCUUUGCUGCCGACCUCAGGAACACUUUCUUCGUCCUCUUCCCUAUCUGGUUCCACUUCAGCAAGUCAGUAGGCAUCAGGCUCAUCUGGGUGGCCGUGAUCGGUGACUGGCUCAACCUCGUCUUCAAGUGGAUCCUCUUUGGGGAGAGACCAUACUGGUGGGUCCAUGAGACGGACUAUUACAGCAACACCUCCGCCCCAGAGAUCCAGCAGUUUCCACUCACCUGCGAGACCGGCCCUGGGAGCCCCUCCGGCCAUGCCAUGGGCGCAGCAGGUGUGUACUAUGUCAUGGUGACAGCCCUGCUCUCCACUGCCAUGGGGAAGAAGCAGUUGAGGACGCUCAAAUACUGGGUGCUGUGGAUGGUGCUUUGGACAGGGUUCUGGGCAGUUCAGGUCUGCGUCUGCCUGUCCCGAGUCUUCAUUGCUGCCCACUUCCCCCAUCAGGUCAUUGCGGGGGUCAUUUCAGGGAUGGCUGUGGCCAAAACUUUCCAGCACGUCCGCUGCAUCUACCAUGCCAGCCUCCGCCGGUACCUGGGCAUCACCUUCUUCCUCUUCAGCUUUGCCCUGGGCUUCUACCUCCUGCUGCGGGUGCUCGGCGUGGACCUGCUCUGGACGCUGGAGAAGGCGCAGAGGUGGUGCGCCCACCCCGAGUGGGUCCACAUCGACACCACCCCCUUCGCCAGCCUCCUCCGUAACCUGGGCAUCCUCUUUGGGCUGGGGCUGGCCCUCAACUCCCACAUGUACCUGGAGAGCUGCCGGGGGAAGCAGGGCCAGCAGCUGCCCUUCCGCCUGGGCUGCAUCGCCACCUCCCUCCUCGUCCUACACCUCUUCGACGCCUUCAAGCCGCCCUCCCACAUGCAGCUGCUCUUCUACGUCCUCUCCUUCUGCAAGAGCGCAGCUGUGCCACUGGCCACUGUCAGCCUCAUCCCCUACUGCAUCUCCCAUCUCCGGGCCACUCAGGACAAGAAGGCUGUCUAG